AUGCGGGUUCUGGGAGCGCUCCUGACACUGUUGCUGCUACAAUAUGUUUCAACAAGUGGAGCGACUGACCCCACAUACCUGGUGGCAUUCAAUUCCCAGGCAAUCGGUGGCACUAAAGAGAUUCUGUGUGCACAUAUCUAUGAGCCCAGUACACCCAUUUCUUUAGUGGUAACCUUGAACUCAAAUAAUGGAAAUGUGACUAUUUUAAAAGAGGCUUCCAUUAAAAAGAAUUUCUACAAGUGUGUGCCUUUCCAGGUUCCUGUAGUGCUUAUAGACACUGUGGCAACGGUCUAUGUCAAAAUCGAAGGAGCUACAACAUCACUAAACAAAACAACUCAGAUUCUCAUAAAGCCUCCAAUGAAGCUCCUUUUCAUCCAAACAGACAAGCCAAUCUACAAGCCAGGAGAAAGAGUUAAAUUUCGCAUUGUGUCUUUGGAUUCCAAUUUCUUGACUCACAAUCAAAAGUUUCUAACAAUAGAACUCCAGGAUCCUAACUCCAAUCGCAUUGGUCAGUGGUUGAAUCGAACCACUAAGAGUGGCAUUCUAGACCUGUUUCACCUCACAACACUGCAAGCCCUUAAGGGUUACUACACCAUCACUGUUUGGAAUGAGAAGAAUGUAGAAAUGAAACAGUCCUUUGAAAUUAAAGAAUACGUUCUGCCAAAAUUUGAAGUUAAUGUCAAUCUUCCAUCCAUGGUAACUGCCAUGGACAAGGAGUUCAUGCUGCAAGUUUGCUCUAAAUACACUUACGGGAAGCCCAUGCAGGGGUCUGUGACUGCUGAAGUGUGUGGAGUAAAUCACAAUUAUGAAAUGGAGAUGUACAUGUACCGGUUUGUUCGAUCAAGACCUGGCAAACCUAACUUUAGCAUAUGCAAGACUUUUGACAUUAAGACUGACAAGACUGGCUGUGUUUCUCGAAUGAUAAAUGUGACUGAAUAUGGCAUGACUGUAGGUGCAUUUUUUCGGGUGAAUAGUAAAGUUGUGGAGGAUGGAACAGGGAUAACUGUGACGGGUACUAGCACAGUUUCAUACACCAGUGAUGUUAUCAUAGUUUCCUUUGUGGACGCACCAGAGAUAUACAAGCCUGGGAUUGGCUAUGAGGGAAAACUUCUAGUCAGUAAUGUACAGUCCAAACCAUUGAAAGAUCAAACCCUGUAUCUCGUUGUAACGUAUGAAUCCAGAAGUUUUAAUGUGACACUCACGACAGACAUUAAAGGCACAGCUGACUUCUCCUUGGACACAACAGAUUGGUCAAACCAAACUGUCUUCCUACAGGCUCAACACAAAGAGGAUAAUAACCAAUACUGGCCUGCACCAAGAUACUAUCAAAAAAGCUCUCACUGGUUAAGGCCCUUUUACUCUAAAAGCAAAAGCUUCCUGAAGUUGAUAAAGGCUCCAAAUGCAUUAAGUUGUGUGAGUGAUGCAGUUGUGGAGGCCAGUUACAUAAUUCCAGGCAGUGCACUGAAAAAUGGCCAGAAAACGUUGAAUUUCUUCUAUGUGGUCUCAUCCAAAGGCAGCAUGAUUGGAAAUGGUCAUAAGUCUGUCAAAGUGGAGUACAGAAAAGAAAACAAAGGCAAAUUGUCGUUCACAUUAAAAAAGACCACAGCCCUGUCUCCAUUCGCUCAAGUGGUGGUGUACACAGUUCUUCCCAACGGAGAAACAGUAGCAGACAGUUGGUCCUUUCCUGUUGAACAAUGUUUGCCGAACAAGGUGUCCGUAAAUUUUUCAUCUUCCACGGCACUGCCUAAAGAGACUACAACUCUAAACCUAAAAGCCCAGCCUGGAUCCCUUUGCUCCGUCAGGUCCAUCGAUCAGAGCGUGCUGCUGUUGAAACCAGAGGCUCAACUCAACGCAGCCUCUGUUUUUGGAAGGCUACCACACCAAAUCUUGGUAGGUUAUCCAUAUCAAGUUGACGACUAUAGAGAAAACCCCUGUUUUCCUUCUAGGGAAAUGAUAGAAGUAGAGGAGCCAAUCAGGAACAUCCGCAAACAUAGUUUCCACUAUUCCUAUUAUUACAGGGGUAACAAUGAUGCCUACAGCAUGUUUAAGGCUAUUGGAAUCAAAAUCAUUACCAACUCUGAUGUGAAAAAAUGUGAAUAUGAAUACGUACCAUUGAUGGAAUAUAGAGAACCAGGUUCAGUUUCAAAGGUUGUCAGAGAUUCACGUCUGGAAGCGAGACUGGAGCCACUUGCUCAAAAUCCAAUCCGCAAGUUCUUUCCAGAAACUUGGAUAUGGGACCUUGUACCUGUGGGGAGGUCUGGAUCCGUGAAUCUUACAAAGACUGUUCCUGACACCAUCACUAAAUGGGCCACGGAUGCUUUCUGCACAUCUUCUGUUGGUUUCGGAGUGGCACCCAGCACUGCUCUCACUGCUUUUAUGCCGUUCUUUGUCAGCCUCACACUCCCCUACUCUGUUAUAUGUAGAGAAGUUGUCAUCCUCAAAGCAACUGUAUUCAACUACCUUUCCAAAUGUAUUAUGGUAAAGGUCACCUUGGCAAUUUCAAAGCAGUUUAAAGUUUCUCCUUUCAAUGUUGGCAAUUAUACUCAAUGUGUUUGUUCAGAAGAGAGCAAAACCUUUGAAUGGAUUGUUACACCAACUUACCCGGGACGAAUGAACAUUGCCGUGACAGCUGAGGCUGUGCAGACUCAAGAACUUUGUGGAAAUGAGGAGGUGACAGUGCCAGAAAGAGGGCAUAUUGAUACUGUGGUGCACUCACUUUUGGUGGAGGCAGAGGGAACUAAACAGAUAGUCACUCACAACGAACUCAUCUGCUUGACAGGAAAUCAAAUGAACACAACUGUUCCUCUCACUCUGCCCGAGCUCUUUAUCGAAGGAUCUGCUCAAAGCUUUGUCACUGUACUAGGUGAUCUGAUAGGUCGUGCUUUAAAAAACAUCGCUGAUCUGUUGCGGAUGCCUUAUGGCUGUGGAGAGCAGAAAAUGGCGAUCCUUGCACCCAAUAUUUACAUCCUUCAGUACCUGGAGAGCAGUGGACAGCUCACUCCUGAGAUUUUGGCACGAGCUAAAACCUUUCUGGAGACUGGUUACCAAAUAGAGCUGACAUUCAAGCAUGAUGAUGGAUCUUACAGCCUUCACGGAAUGAGAGAUGCCUCUGGUAACACUUGGUUAACUGCAUUCGUAAUGAAGACAUUUGGAGGGGCAAAGAAGUAUGUAUUCAUAGAUCAGACACAUAUCGACCAGGCAAAGACUUGGUUGAGUCAGCAGCAGCAGACAAAUGGGUGCUAUGCCUCAGUGGGCCCAUUCGUUUACAGUUUAAUGAGGGAUGGAGUCAGUGAUCAUGUCACUCUAACUGCAUACAUAACCGCAGCUCUGUUGGAGAUGGGCAUAAAUAAAUCUGAUCCUAUGGUAGCGAAAGGUCUUGAAUGUAUGAAGAAAGCUCCCAGCAACCUUAACAACAUUUUCUUCACUGCCCUGUCCUUCUACACAUACACUCUUGCUGGAGACCAAGAGAUGAGGCAGAAACUCAUCUCCAACUUGGAUAGUCAAGCCAAGAGAGAAGGGAUUGAGCGGUAUUGGUCUAAUACACAGUAUAAUAGAAUGGUAGGCUCUUUUGAGGUAGAAAUGAGCUCCUACGUGUUGCUGGGGCUGCUUUCUGGACCCCUACUGCCAAACUUUGGACUGAACUAUUCUGCUACCAUAGUGCGCUGGCUGGCCAAGAGGCAAAAUCCCAAUGGAGGUUUCUCCUCUACUCAGGACACUGUGGUGGCUCUCCAGGCACUCGCUAAAUACAGUGCUGCCACCUACAGUCCAACAGGAACCGUUGUUGUCAGUGUGACCUCCCCAUCAAGGCAGAAAUACAACUUCACUAUAAACCAGCAAAACCGACUGCUUUACCAGGAGAGACAGCUGCAGCCACCUACAGGAAACUUCACACUCGCUGCACGAGGCCAGGGCUGUGCGUUUGUGCAGUUUGCCUUGCACUACAAUGUCCCGUUCAUUAGUAGCUUCACGUUCUUCAACCUCGAAGCGAAUGCUACUUCAGUUUGCGCCAGCAAAAAGAACAUACUUGUUUCAUUAGAUGUGACUGUCAGUUAUAAUGGUCCACGAGGAGAGACAAACAUGGUGAUCAUUGAUGUGAAUCUUCUGUCUGGAUUUGUGCUGGAUGACUUGUCUCUACAAGCUCUUCAGCAAGAUUCCAGAAUCAAACUUGUGGAGCAGAAUGAAGGACAUGUCAUCUUGUAUUUGGAUGGGAUGAAAGUUGCAGAGACGAAAUCCUUUAACAUGAGUCUGCGACAGGAUGUAGUAGUGAAGGAUCUUAAGCCAGCCUCGGUGACAGUCUACGAUUACUACACGACCUAUGAGCGAGCAGUGAGGAAAUACACCCCCCCAUGUGCCUAGAGACAGUAAAUGCCGUCACAGGAGUAUCGAGAGGUGUUACUGAGCUGCUGUGUGACCGCUCAUUUCAUCAGACAUUCAAAAUCAAUGAUGGAAUUAAAACCCCUUAGCUGUCGGUGUCCCACGGGUGGUACAUCUCAACCUUUUUUCCCUUUAACUGCUAAUUUUCUAUGCCAAAACAUAAAAGAACCCUGACAAUCUGCUGUAUAUAUACUUGGAAAGCUGUAAGUCUGUAGUUUUCAAAUCCUUUGUCCGUCUUGCAAUAGGACAAACGUAAAAGUGUUAAUUGAAGUGUCACCUGUACCACCAGUGGGCCAAAAGUGUUAUUACAAAGAAAAAACUGUAUUAUUCCCUUCUAAAACUAAAUAAAUAUUGACAACCUAUAUAUCACUGGAAAGCUCUCAGACUGUAUAGUUUUCAAAUCCUUUUUCUGUUUUGCUUUUUCUGCUUUUCUCACAGGCGGGCUAAAGUGUUUUUACAACAUAAUAACCCUAUAUCCUACACAAAACCUAAAAAAAUCUUGACAAACUAUAUAUCACUUGAAACCUCUAAGACUGUUGUUUUCACAUUCCUUGUCUGUUUUGCAAUAGGGCAAACAUAGUGAGAGUUAUUUAGUUUUGUUUAUAAUGUUGACCUUGACAUUCAGGUGGACCCAUUUGUAAUGAAUAUGAUGAUACACAUUCAAAACUCAUUCUAUUAUAAAACUGAGAAGAAAUCUCAACAGCCUAUAUAUCAUUGGAAAGCUCUAAGAGUGUACUUUUUAUAUAUGAACAAAUUUUGAACAAAUACGUAUGUAGUGGCAGUAAUUUAAUAAUUUGUAAAAGAGUAUGCAGCAAACCAAUGGAGCAUUCAAGACACCUACUGACCAUUUGUGGUACAGCGGUUAAUUUUUUGUUUUAUUAUAUCAGCUUGAAAUUUGGAACACAACUUUGUUAGAAGUGUGGCUUUCAUUUUCUGGCUGUUUUAAAUUAAAUGAAUUGUGUUUUUAGACUUUUUGUAAAUAAAAACAAGUUUAGUUUAUUUUUAAAUUUUUAUUAAAAUAGACUUAAACUGCUAUAACUUUUUUGACACCUCUAAAAUAAACUAUAGAAUGUCUUCUUUAAAACAAGACCAAGAUUAGGCUUCUAGACCAAAGCGUUCCAGAGUUACACUGAUUUAAAGGUUGAAAACACCUUUAAGCUCCACCCUCAAAAAAGGGAACCGACAGCUAAGGAAUACUGAUUCUUCAUUUUUUCUUAUAUAUUCUGACUUUCUUUCCUAAAAUCAGAAAUAUCAGAAUAUACUGUACUGAUGACACAUACUGUGUAGAUUAUCUAUAAGUGAUAAUCAAAAGCCAAAUUUGUGAUUUGAUCCAUUUGCAAUAAUGAAUUUUUAAAAUAAUGCUGUUGAAUAAAACGUUUCU